GGCAGAAUUGAAAGUAAUAAAUAAAAGUUCUAAGGAUAUAUUCUGGUAAAAUAUAAAGACUUUGAGGAGUGCCUGAAGGAAAUUACAAUAAAAAUAGUAAUUUGCGAAAGUGCAAAGGAAGUAUAAGAGAAUUUAUUUAUUUAAAACAAUACACAUUUAGCCACAUGAUGUCGCUGUCCACCACAAGGUCUUUCACCACAAAAGAUACACAGUGUGGAUUACGUACGCAGAUGUCACUUUUCCUCGCCAUUUCUGAAAUACCGGCAUGGGAAGCUUUUACAAGAAAUGAAGAAUAAGGAGCUCGAGUUACUUUUUAAAUUUUGGAUCCAGGCAAGAGAGACCAGAUAUUUGGGAGAGGGUUGCAAUGGUGUUUUCCUGCAGAGAAGGUCCAGGAGCCUGGAGGCUACUGUGUUCGCUUUUGCUCCUCUCAAUCUGGGAGGCCGGGAGCGGCCAGGUCCGCUACUCCGUCCCCGAUGAGGCCAAGCACGGCACCUUCGUGGGCCGCAUCGCGCAGGACCUGGGGCUGGAGCUGGCGGAGCUGGUGCCGCGCCUGUUCCGGGUGGCGUCCAAGGGCCGCGGGGACCUCCUGGAGGUGAAUCUGCAGAAUGGCAUUUUGUUUGUGAAUUCUCGGAUCGACCGCGAGGAGCUGUGCGGGCGGAGCGCGGAGUGCAGCCUCCACCUGGAGGUGGUGGUGGAGCGGCCGCUGCAGGUGUUCCACGUGGAGGUGGAGGUGAAGGACAUUAACGACAACCCGCCGGUGUUCCCGAGAACACAAAAGAACCUGUACAUCGCGGAAUCCAGGCUGCUUGACUCCCGGGUUCCGCUAGAGGGCGCCUCGGACGCAGAUAUCGGGGCGAACGCUCUGCUGACGUACAGACUGAGCCCCAAUGAGUAUUUCGCGCUGGAAAAACCUUCCAAAGGCGAACAGGUAAAACGGCUUGGACUUGUAUUAAGGAAACUUUUAGACAGGGAAGAAGCUCCAGAGAUUUUUUUAGUGCUCACGGCCACUGAUGGUGGCAAACCUGAGCUGACGGGCACCAUUCAGUUACACAUCACAGUGCUGGACGCCAAUGACAACGCCCCAGCUUUCGACAGAACACUCUAUGUAGUGAAAUUACCAGAAAAUGUUCCCAAUGGGACGUUGGUAAUUAAACUCAAUGCUUCAGAUUUAGACGAAGGCUUAAAUGGAGAUAUUAUUUAUUCAUUAUCAACUGAUAUUUUACCAAACGUGAAAUCCAAGUUCCACAUAGAUUCGGUUACUGGAGAAAUUAUGGUAAAGGGACAUAUCGAUUUUGAAGAAAGCAAAUCCUAUGAGAUUUUUGUAGAGGGCAUUGAUAAGGGACAGCUUCCACUCUCUGGCCAUUGUACAGUUAUGGUGGAAGUGGAAGACACUAAUGAUAAUGUCCCAGUAAUGGAGUUCAAGUCCCUGUCACUCCCAAUCAGAGAAGACGCUUCACUGGGCACCGUCAUAGCCCUGAUCAGGGUGUCUGACCUGGACUCUGGUGUCAACGGGCAGGUGACCUGCACCCUGUCGCCACACGUUCCCUUCAGGCUGGUGUCCACCUUCAAGAAUUACUAUUCGCUGGUGCUGGACAGCGCCCUGGACCGCGAGAGCGUGGCGAACUACGAGUUGGUGGUGACAGCGCGGGACGGGGGCUCGCCUUCUCUGUCGUCCACAGCCAGCGUGUCCGUGGAGGUGGCCGACGUGAACGACAACGCGCCGCUGUUCGCGCAGCCCGAGCACACGGUGUUCGUGAAGGAGAACAACCCGCCCGGCGGCCACAUCUUCACGGUGUCGGCGCGGGACGCGGACGCGCAGGAGAACGCGCGGGUGUCCUACUCGCUGGUGGAGCGGCGGGUGGGCGAGCGCGCGCUGUCGAGCUACGUGUCGGUGCACGCGGAGAGCGGCCAGGUGUCCGCGCUGCAGCCGCUGGACCGCGAGGAGCUGGAGCUGCUGCAGUUCCAGGUGAGCGCGCGCGACGCGGGCGAGCCUCCUCUGGGCAGCACCGUGACGCUGCAGGUGUUCGUGCUGGACGAGAACGACCACGCGCCCGCGCUGCUGCCUCCGGCCCCGGGCGGCCCGGGCGGCGCUGUGAGCGAGCUGGUGUGGCGGUCGGUGGGCGCGGGCCAGGUGGUGGCGAAGGUGCGCGCGGUGGACGCGGACUCGGGCUACAACGCGUGGCUGUCGUACGAGCUGCUGCCGGCGGCGGGCGGUGCGCGCAGCCCGUUCCGCGUGGGGCUGUACACGGGCGAGAUCAGCACGACGCGCGCCCUGGACGAGGCGGACUCUCCGCGGCAGCGCCUGCUGGUGCUGGUGAAGGACCACGGGGAGCCGGCGCUGGUGGCCACCGCCACUGUGCUGCUGUCGCUGGUGGACAGCGGCCAAUUGUCUGCUGGCUCUGCGAGCGCGGAGGCGGCGCUGGUGGACGUGAACGUGUACCUGAUCAUCGCCAUCUGCGCGGUGUCCAGCCUGCUGGUGCUCACCCUGUUGCUCUACACAGCGCUGCGGUGCUCCGCGCAGCCCACGGAGGGCGCGUGCGGGCCGGGGAAGCCGGUGCUGGUGUGCUCCAGCGCCGUGGGGAGCUGGUCGUACUCCCAGCAGAGGCGGCAGAGGGUGUGCUCUGGGGAGGGGCCGCCCAAGACGGACCUCAUGGCUUUCAGCCCCAGUGUACCUGACUCUGGGGACAAAGACCUGCAGCCAGCAACUGGGAAUUCCCUCUCAAAGGCAUUUUAG